CAAAACAGAUAACUUACCACCCCUUCCUGGUUACUUCUCUGGGUUCAUCUUUUAUGCCUGUUUCUCUGACCUGUAUUAAUUAUUUAUUAAUUAAUUAAUCCAUCCAUCCUAAGCACUUAGUGUGCAUAAGAUCUUUGUUAAACCUGGGAGGCUCUAGAAAUAACCGGUCUUGACCUGAGGGAAUUCACAGUUAAUGGCUGAUGUUCCCAGCCCAGCUUCAGCAGUCAGAUCCCGGUGUUCCUGGCUGUUUCUGUCUUCCAUCAUUAUUCCCAGGAAACAGUGUCUGUUAGCAGUUGUAGGCCCCUGUCAAUAAGUAUUUCAAGGGUACUGUACCAGUGAGGGUUCUUUCAUUUACAAGUGACAGAAAACUCAAGUUGGCCUAAGCAAUAAAAACAAAACAGAGUGGCAUUUACUGGCUCAUUACUGGGACUGAAGGGUGCGAGGGUAUUCUGGCUUCAGGCUUUGAUUCAGAGGUCUGAUAGCUCUCCUUCAAGGUGGCAUUGUUGUUAGGUUCCUUGUGGUGGAAGGAUGGCUGCCAGCAGCUCCAGGCCCGUCUCUUUCUCACAGAAAAAAUAGAGGUCCUUCACCUCCCAGACUCAGCAGAAGUCUCCUUGCAUCUCUGAACUGUUCCGAGACGGGACUGUGACCUUUCAGGAGCCGGGGCACUGUGAUGCUUCAAGGGGCAGGAAUGAGUCAUGUGCUCAUCCUGGAGCCAGGGGAGGACUCAGUGCCCCUGGAAGCCCUUAUACUAAGGGAGAUGGAGGGCGUGGAUGCUAGGUGGUGAAAACAAGAGGUACUAAAGGCAGAUUAGGAUAUACCUGAACCUGCUAUGGAUGGAGCAGAUUAAAAGGGCAAAUAAACUGUUUACCAAUGAUUGUAUAUUUCUGAAGAAAACUUUGAACAUCCCAGUUAUAUCAGAGAAGCCUUUGCUGUUUAAUGGACUUAACUCAAUAGAUUCUCCAGAAAAUGAAACAGUUGAUAGUUUUUCUCACGAAGAAGACCUGGUAGCGGCUGGGGAAGACCUUUCCUCUCCCAGUCCUCAAGAAUCUGAUGCUCAGCCCAUGCAGCCCGAGGAAGUGUCAGCCAGAGAUUUCCUGCAAAGGCUGGACUUGCAGAUUAAGUUAUCAACGCAGGCAGCCAAGAAACUGAAGGAAGAGAGCAGAGAUGAAGAAAGUCUCUUUGCAGCUUCCCUCUAUCACAGUUAGAUGAUCGGGGGCAUAAUCUAACCUGGGUUAAGAGAUGGUUAGAUCAUAAAGAAACCAACAACUGAUGAUUCAAAAGCAUCCCUUUUGGAUUCUCAUAGCAUACAUCUUUAAAUCACAAUUAAGUAGUUCCACCUACAGCAAUUGCACUGAAGUGACUAGCUCCCUCUGGCUUUCCAUGAUUUUCAGUCUUUAUUAUGGCAUGACAGCAAAAUUGUAUCUUAAAGCUCAUCACUUUUGCAAGCGGUGGUAGUUUUUAGACUAGCUUUUGUAAAUACUAGUUGACAUAAAGCCACAAAGACUGUUUACAUAUUCAAGGUAAAAAUGUUUAUUUCCUGAGAAAUCCUAAUUAUGUGAAAAACAUGGUUGCUGUUUAAGUGAUGCUGAUUUUGCUAUGUGUUUAUAACUUAAGUGCUAUAUAUAUAUAUAUAUUUCGAUAUGUAUUACAUAUUCUGUAUUACUAUAAAGAAACAAAUUUUGUCUGCUAUUUUGUAAAAAUAAACUCCAGAAGUCUGAAUGAGAAAAUAAACUAUGUUUUCAUAUUU